UUGAAAUAUAUCUAAGUGAACGCUAUAGGUUAACCUUGGACUAGAUGGUGCUAAACGGCAGCCAUCUUAAUCUAUAAGGUUUGCAUAUAAAAAGCGACAGCUUUUGCGCUACUGAACGCACAGCAGAAUCGAACAAGCUCCAAAAUGAACAAGGUGUUGAUCAGUCUAGCUCUCUUCCUGGCCGUGACUGCGGCUGCCCCACAAUUUCUUGGCCGUGGAUUCGGUGGCGGAUUCAACAACGGUUUCGGAGGUGGAUUCAACAACGGUUUCGGAGGACCCGGUUUAGUUGGUCUACGUCCCAUUGGAGGAUUCGGAGGUUUCGGAGGUGGUGGAAGUGGUGCUGGAGCUGGAACAGCAUCCGCUGGUUUUGGAGGAGCCAACGCUGCGGGAGUCGGCAUUUCAAAUGCUUUUAACGGCGGAUUUGGCUCCGGAAGUGGAAGCGGUGUGGCUGGAUCAAGUCUGUUUGGUGGCAAUUUCGCCUCAGGUACCGGUGAUGGAAUCAGCUUUGGCAAAUAAAUAUUCAACAAACUCGACACCACCAGCAUAAUAAAUUAAAAAUUGUACAGAAAAUCUGACUCUUUGAAAAUAAAUUAAUCAGCGAAAAA